UACAGACAGUAACAGAAAACCCCGAAGAGAGCAGGAGCCGCCGAGAGCUCCUUCAGGGCCCCACACGAGAUCUUUUUUUUUUAUUUAAAAAAAAAUUCGAUUUUCACAGCGAACCGUGUGACGGAUAAUAUCUGUGCGUGAAUUCAUCUAUACGAACCAAGAUGAGAUUUACUAUUCUAACGCUGACGGCUGUGCUUUGCCUCGCAUUAGUGAGCUCGCAUCCGCUUCCGGAAGACGGUCUCCGAUCAGAGGCCCUUGAUCGGCUGGUGAUGGCCGAAGCCGACAGCGAGGCUGCCUUGAGGAGCAAAAGGACUAUUGGCAUUCUACGACAGCUCUUCCCCGAUAUUUCCCAGGACGUGAACCCAGAAUCAGAGAAUCGAGUGAACGAGAUCGGAUCGGAAUCACAGAACAAUGAAGUGCGAGUGCAAUUCGCGGACGAAGUGUCGAGCGACAGUUCGCCGCAAGAGUUGACGCCAUUGGACGAAACCGAGACGGAGGAGGAUGAGAAUAGAAACAAGAGAUUCCUCUUUGGUUUCGGCGGCGGUGCAGAUAGAGGCGCCGGGUCAGGCAAUUUUCUCUUCGACAUUAUCAGGCAAGCGGCCGACGGGGCGGCAAGAGCGGCGGGCACGGUGUACCGUGUCGUGGCCGGUACACAGAGCCUCGGGCUCGGGCUAAGCGCUUCGCGCGACGUGGGCCCGACCGCCCCAGUUGCCGCCAACCCCGGCGGUACUGGCACCCCGAUGUCCGGCGCAUCCUCGACCGCCGCCCCAGGAGCCGGCAUUCUACCACCGCUGGUGGCCGGAAGCGGAAGUAACCAGCUGGGCGGCUCUUCCUCUUCGGACACCCAUGACGGAAAGUCGGAUGAACACGAGGCCGUACCCGGCCCAGUCACCAGGUUCUUCGUCAUCGCUAAUCGAGGACUCUCGAAUCUCGUCCAGGAUCUCAUACUCCGUCUGGCAGCCACAAGCGAGCGUUUCGUCAACUUCAAGGCGCGACUGAUUACCUCCAUCAUCUAAGGUCUCAUUUGAGCACUGGGAUGAGGAAGCACAAGAGGAGCUCCGCCGGCGUUGGUACCGUCACGUAGAGGCACCAUCGCCGAGCCACUUUUGCCAGUAGGAGCACGGGUACGACGUUGGCAACAGAACCAAUCUCAUGAUGUUGCCCCCUUGUCCCUGAGAUCCUGAACUUAAUUUCUUCGUCGAUGGCCGUCGAGCUUUUCGCGAAACACAACACACUUCGCCGCCAAACGCAUUCCCCUAAAGUAAUCGACUCGAUUCCGUUCGACUUCAUUUACUCCCCCUUGUCUAAUUCCCUUUUAUUUCCAUUCCACUUUCUACCUUUCUCCUCUCCCCCCCCCCCCCCCCUCUCUUUUCUAUUACUCUUCGUGCAUUUUUAUUAUUUUCGCCCUUUAGUUAAUUAAAAUAACAAUAAUGAAUAAUGAAGAAAUUUUCGUAAUCAAUCGUCAUUUUAGGACGAUCGAAAUUUAAUUAUUACGGCGUAGCUCGUACCGCCAUGGUACGAUGGAAGCAUAUCGAGAGAGCCGGUGAAACUGUAAAAUCAUUUUAAAUUUGUGAUACGACACGCUCUCCAUUGACAGUUUCAAAUGAAUAAAUGAUUCAUGCACCACCAGCCACGAGUCGAAAAUUUCUCUGCGCGCUCUCUUGAGUAGCAACAGAAAGUCAUCCCUUAGCUAAAAAUGUUUCAAUUCUUACAAAGUAAGAAUAAAUAACCUAUUUUUUUAUUUAAAAGGUAUAUGAUACGGAAGGCUUAUGGUUUUCUAACAGGGAUAAGAUGCGUACUAUUAAAAGAAUCGAAGAAUAAAGUCAAAUAUUUUUUCUUCGAUUGUUCACGCGCAAACAGUAUGUUCUGAUCAUAGACCCUAUAAGUAUGAACUGGCAAUACAAGCAAAAUCGUGUUUCUCUUUCUAAAGUGUAAGGAAGUUCAGAAGUACGUUUGGCGCAUACUUGAUAUACUAUACAUUAUUUUUCAUUGAGAUUAUCUCUUUCUAUACGAUUCUUCGUAAACAGAAGAC